CCCGCUGCGGUUGAACCGUCCCGUCAUACCUCGCGUGGCCAACGGCUCAGCACGGAACCCCGGAUCAUUGAACUGCUGCUCCAGCCUCAGCGCCUCGAUCCACGCACUCCGCGGAGCAGAACCCGGGUCCGACGAGCUCAGACAACCGCCCGCGAUCCGCCACACACUCCCGCCGGCCUGCUGUGCAUCUGACCGCGGCGGUGGGGCGCGCUUUCCGGGGCUCGCUGGCUGGGUUUGGUCGGGGAGGCAGCAGGGGGAAGCACGGAGCUGGUCCCGGAUGAUGAUGGAGCUGGAGUCGGCCAGUAGCCGAGGCGAGCCGGGGGCAGCGGGGGACUCGCUGCAGCCGCCGACCCCGAGCCGGCACGAGAAGAGCCUGGGUCUGCUCACCACCAAGUUCGUGACGCUGCUCCAGGAGGCGAAGGACGGGGUGCUGGACCUGAAGGCGGCUGCAGACACCUUGGCGGUGCGGCAGAAACGACGCAUUUACGAUAUCACUAAUGUGCUGGAGGGGAUAGGACUUAUAGAGAAGAAGUCCAAGAACAGCAUCCAAUGGAAGGGUGUGGGUCCAGGCUGUAACACCAGGGAGAUAGCGGAUAAGCUGAUUGAUCUGAAGGCAGAGUUGGACGAUCUGGCUCUCAGGGAAAACGAGCUGGACCAGCAGAGAGUCUGGGUCCAGCAGAGCAUCAAGAACGUCACAGAUGACUCCAACAAUAGUCCUAUGGCAUAUGUAAAACAUGAAGACCUCUGUGGAUCCUUUAAAGGUGACACACUUCUAGCGAUUCGUGCUCCAAUCGGCACACAACUAGAGGUGCCCAUACCAGAAGCUGUCCUCAAUGGGCAAAGGAAAUACCAGAUCCGUCUCAAGAGUUCAUCUGGUCCUAUCGAGGUUUUGCUGGUCAAUAAGGACCCGUCCAGUGCCUCUCCUGUUGUUCUGCCCGUCCCUCCUCCAGAUGACAUCCUUCAGAACCUCCCAGCACCAGCACCUACCUCCCAGUCGGCCACUGCUGCCUCCCAGGUCCCUAAAUCAGCUCCAGUCCCUUCUACAAAACCUGGUCCUGCUACAACAUCAGACUCAAUGACAGAAGUGACGAGCACGACGCCGCUCACCCCAACAGGUCCGGUCACUCAGCAGCUUCAGUCUUCUGCCUCGUUGGAUGGAUCUGCAUCCUCCUCUGCCUCUGCAGUGUUUGAACCAAUUAAGUCGGAUCCAUCUGAAUUACUGGAUUUCCCCAAAGACCUCUCAGAAAUGUUUGAUCCAACAAGAGAGAUCAUGAGCGGAGAUUUGCUGGAGGACUUGAUGUCAUCAGAGGUGUUCUCGCCGCUCCUCCGUCUGUCCCCUCCGCCCAGCGACCACGACUACAUAUACAACCUGGACGAGACAGAAGGCCUGUGCGACCUCUUCGACGUGCCCAUUCUCAACCUCUGACCCCUGAGAUUGUUGUCAGAGUGGGAAACCGUUGCCCUUACAUGCUGAUCUACCUUCAGUUAUCCCCCCCUCACUGACAUUGAAGGUAAGAGGCGGUGCAGGGAAGCCAACACGAUCUGAUGAGCCUUCAAGGACACGUCUGCGCUGACGCGGUGAGCUCAAGCUGAGCUUCAUCAGACAGUAGCUCGAUGUACAGCCUCAUGAAGAAAUACAGAUGAGAACAAAACGUUUUAUUCACUGCUUUUUCCAAGGAAACAGAGUCACGACAAAUGACAAAUAAUUAUAUUUUUGGAUUCUUGUGUAUUAUAAAUCCUUAUGUUUGUUUAUUAGCUUUCUCGUGAGCGAAUGUGUGUAAGCUUCCUUUACAUGCGGUUGGUUGUGAGUCUGUGUGCCUGCUUGUUGUUUUGUAUUGAACACUCUUAUUCUGAGUCAGACAUCUCCAGGUAAAAAACAAAAAAGAGAGAGAAACCUAUCGGAGCAUGGCCUUUAUCACCUGGCAGCUGCUCUCACGUGGCUGAAACGAGUCCAAACACGGCUGGUGAAAUAUGCACUGUCCUCAUGUACAUAGAGAAUAUAUAUUUUGUAAAACCAGCACGCAAGAUUCUUGUAAUAUUAUGAAUGACACAGGCAGAGCAAUAGGUGCCAGACGCAGAUGAUCAUACUGUACGUAAGAAGUGCUUUGUUUUAAAUAAUGGUGCUGGUCUUUGGCCCUGUUCAAAUCCGGUCUUAGCAUCUGUCCCGAGAAACAUGUCUGUGUGUUUGUGGCGAGCAGCAGAAGUCAAAUUUCACCAAAGUUGAACUCCACGCGAAGCCACGCUUUGAGACACGUUUUAAUCGCCCCCUCGCUCGCACAUAUUAAUACAUUGGCGUAUAUGUGACCGGGCCCUUGGGAGGGACUGGAUCAAUGAAUGUCUGCAGCUAUGUCGAAAAAUUUUACCCAUUUAAGAAAUUCUGUGGUGAUCAGUGUGAAGUUGUGGCGGUGGAUACAAGCAAAUCACCUUUUUGACGCUGAGAAGCAUAAAAAUACUUAAUUCAUUAUGAAACUGUGGCAGGUCAGAGGACGUCAGGUAGGUGGUCCCUCAGAUGUGGCCCAGGACACAUUGGAGUUCAAGCAAUUAAAAGAAUGUGGCCACCUCCGAAUGUUAGUUUGAGAGAUCGGAUCUCGAGACACCUUUUGGGUGAAUUCAGACCCGAGCUUCGGAUCACUCACUCAGGACGGAUGUUAACACCAGGCCUGUCUGGGCGGGGCUUUGAUUUCCAGUGCCAAAGUGUAAAGAAGGAGAAUCUUUGAUACUAUUGAAGCCAAUCAACUUUAUUACGUAACAAGCCACGGACCAAAAAGAAAUUGCAGGGCUGGGGGGGGUGGGGUUUAGAAUAUUACCAUUUUUCCAUUCAAACAUUUUUUUAAGGUCAUCAAGAUGUUUUUAAAAAUAAAACCGUCUCAUUAUGACUUUAUGAUCAUGUUCUUCAGCUGGUCCGAUAUUGGCCCUUCUACAUAUAGAGGUUGAUUAUAAAAAUAUAAAAGUAAGCAUGCUGUCAGUUUAAUUUUGCAUCAGCACUGUUACUAUCAAACCCUUUCAGAUUUUUCAUUGGCUCAGAUUUAUAUGUAACUGGUGUACGUCACAGGACUAAACACAUUUUUUCUUCCCCUUUCCCAAAGGAGUUUUGUGGCGUUUUGUCUUUCAGCUAUAAUGUAUGUAUAUGAUUACCAUUGUACUCAGUUCGUCUGUAUGUAAAAUGACAUGUAUGUAUUUUUACUGAGUCAUUAAAAACGAUCCAGUUCUUUUGUAUAUUUGGCACAACUCCCUCUCUUAAGGUGUUUCCUUUUUUCCCAGUGUGCGAUGUUUUCAUGCUUAUUGCUUUAAAUCUCUUUUUUUUCUAUUCACUCUGUGCAGGGGACGGCUGAAGAGUUGUAAUGAGUCAAACUGUACAAUAUCCAGAUAAUUCUUCUUUCUACGGUGCUUUCUCCUGUCAAAUCCCUUUUGUGUAAUAAUGUCCUACUUUUUGGCUCCAGGAUGACGUGUAUGUAUGUACUGUGUAUAUCCUUCUCUACUGCUUGUAUAGAAUAGCGUUUAUUUUUUAUACCUGCUAGAUACAUUAUCGUUGCUACUAAUUCGGGGCUACACCUAAAAAGUUUUAAGGGAUUUAUCCGCAGAAAAUCUGCUUUACGGAAGCGUCCUGUCUCAUCGUUGCACUUUACAUCACUGUGGAUCGACUGGUUGCAGCUCAUCCUCUCAGCAGCCGGUCAGCGUGUGCGGGCAGUGUUGUGAGCAGCCGGGGAGUUCAGCGGUCCUGGGUUGGACGGAUCACGUCCGUGUUGUGGCAUGUGAGACUCAAACCUACGGACUGUUCUUUUUUUUAAACAGGCUCACUAUUGUUAAGCUGUAAUUGCAUCAAAUUCUACAGAAUAAACUCUUUGGUAUUCUUUA